AUGGUUUCCUCUCAAGACGACGGGAAUGAUGGGAUGGAUAUCUCGGUCGGGCAGAAAAUGCUUUCUGCUAUUACUGGUAGUCUUCUUACGUCGCUCCUAGUUACUCCUCUAGAUGUCGUCCGUGUCCGACUGCAAUCGCAAGGUUUGUCGCAGCCCAUUGCGGACUUCCAGAAACUUGCAAUUUCGUCACACAAUGCUUUUCGACCGUCGAAUCUUGGGGUUACAGCGUGUUGCCGAGAAGUGUUCUUCAUGAAUAACAAUGCCGAAGUCUGCGUCGCCGGUCCGAUCGAGAGCAUAGCCGCUUCUGGGGAAUGCGCCGUGGAGGAAGUACAGAAGAGACGAUUUAACUCCACCUUCGACGGCAUGAGGAAGAUCGCUCGCCACGAAGGCCUCACGACGCUAUGGAGAGGUCUAUCGCCGACGUUAGCUAUGACUGUACCCGCGAACAUUAUCUAUUUUACCGGUUACGAUUGGCUACGACAUAGUAAAUCAAGUCCUGUCAGCAGAAUGACCAGGGAGGAGUAUGCGCCCGUAGUAGCCGGCGCAUCCGCGCGAGUCGUCGCCGUUGCUGCAGUCAGCCCUAUCGAUCUGUUCAGAACCCGACUGCAAGCGUCGCCAGGCUCGACUGCCGCUGGUCAUUUAGCGAAUACAUUCAAGGGACUCCGAGAGAUGGUGGCCGAUAAGGGCUACAGCUCGCUUUGGAGAGGCCUAACACUAACUCUUUGGCGAGACGUCCCUUUCUCGGCUAUGUAUUGGUUUGGGUACGAGACGAUCAGGGGUAAGCUUACCGAUGCGCGAGAAGAGCGACACGGUCGACACACGGCCCGAGACGGCGAUGGCUCAAGAGCGCGGGCAAGAAGUCGGUCACAGAGCAGAGAGAGUCAUACGGCAACUUUCAUGGACAGUUUCACUGCCGGUUGUCUUUCGGGUGCGUUUGCGUCGACGGUGACCAUGCCGUUUGAUGUAGGUAAAACCCGACGGCAGGUUUACCAAGAUACGUCCAAUAAGGCUCUGCCUGCAGUGGAGAAAGCCGCAGAGCCGGAAGCUCAGCACAUGCUACGGUUUCUCUCUCACAUCUAUGCGACGGAAGGACUAGCAGGGCUGUGGAAGGGGUGGCUUCCUCGUACGCUCAAAGUAGCGCCGUCUUGCGCCAUCAUGAUCAGCAGCUACGAGGUUGGCAAGAGAGCGUUCAGGAGUAUAAACGAACGCAAAGCUCAGAAGCAGCACGGAGGUCGGGCUAACGAGGCAUGA